AUUUGGCUAUUUGCUUUACUAGGUCUCCAGAACUGUUUUUAAAGUGGUAUCCUAUUACAGAUGUGCAAGAGCUGAGCUAUUGCUUAGGUCUUGUAUGUGAUAUGUUAAGUCUGUAGCUGGCAUUAGUUUGAUUGCUAUUUGUAUCUGGUUUAGGUUUGAAUAGCUCGUAAUGACAUCACCAUUGGCAAAUGCAGUGGAAGAGGGCAAGGUUGAAGAUGUCCAGGACAUUCUCUGACGGGAUGUGCAAGGCUGUUUAUACACAGCCAGGCGUGAGUCUCUGCACCGCUUAAAGGAUUCCAUGCUGGCGCCCAUGUUUGGUGGAUGCUUUCCUCUGAAAGUGCAUGAAUCAGGAGCAUGUCUAAUUGAUCAAGAUGGAAACCUGUUUAAAUAUCUUUCGGAUUAUCUUAAUGGAGAAAUUCAGAUUCCUGAAGAUGAAAAAGUUAGAACUGCACUGCAGGAGGAAGCAGAUUAUUUUGGAAUCCCUUAUCCAUACAGUCUGUCUGAUCAUUUGGCUAAUGAAAUGGAAAUACACUCUUCAAGGUCCAAUAUAGAGCUUAAAAAGGAUUUGUUGGAUUUCUGUGAUUCUUACAAUUUAGUUUGCACCAAGCCUACAGUUUAGCUCCUGCACUACUCCACUUCUGGAGGAAGCUGUGAAAGUAAAAUUAUUGGUGUGUAUACCACAAGAGCAGAUGGGACUGAUGCAAUUAAUAAGGUGCUAGGAAUGAAAAUUCAUGGUAAAAUCUUGUACAAAUGUACGAGAAGCUGAAAUAACAUCUAAUACAUCUGGAGCUAUUACUCAGUAGCUGAGCUGAAAAAGAUGAUGGAUGCUUUUGAUGCCUGGAAAGGGAGAGGUAGAGUAAUAAUUUUUGUCAGCUACUGCAGAGUGCCUCAGGAGCUGACUGAAUGUCGGACUCUGGAACAACGCCCGAGAGGCAGUUUGCACCAUAUGCCUCCAGUUUAUAAAAGAUGAUUAAUUGACUGUACCGAAGUAGAAAGCUGUUUACCAUGUAAAGUAGGUCUCCAGCCAAUUAAAUUCUCAGGUCCUUCAACAAGUACCCACAUAAAAGUCAAAAAUUCAUCUUCAUAAAAGAUAGCUGCUUGCAAUGCUUCACAUUCUGCAGCAAUUCUUACAUGACCCCAUGGUGAAAGUCUGAUGCUGCACAAAGAAGUUUCUCAAAACUCUACAACGUGCACAGCAGUGCCCAGCAAGUCCCAGGGUCCCUGAGGAAGGCCGAGUGCUGGCAAUGGGCCACUGAGCCAAAUGCCACUCCAGCUGCGGAGUAGGAAGCCUGUGAACAACCGUGCAGUGAAGGUGAAAAGGACUCUGCUUUUCUAGACACCAUCUCAGCCACCACCUUCUGCAUCCAGUAAAACAAGUGAACAGGACUGUGCUGAAAUUCCUGCAGUGCUAAACAAGAAAGAACCAGCUGUAUUAGCAGAAAGUAUUACCCUUAAGAAUGAUAAAGGGGGUAGUGUUUGACUCAGUCUGAUAGACUGGACAGCUCUACAUUGUACGGUUGAAGAAGAGGUCAUUAUCUCAUGUGAUUCUUUAUUCAAGAUGAGGUAGAAAAUUGUGCUGAAAAAGAUAAUAAAAAGCACAGGAAGAAAUUGUUUUAAGAGCACUGAAAUGUGUUUUCUGCUUUAUUUCUAGAUAUUUUUAGAUGUUGGUAAGGGAGGAAGAAAAAUGGAUUAAAAAAUCACUCAAGCACAUGCAGCUUAACAUUCCAGUAACACCCAUUUGUAUUUUGUUGUGCUGUACUGUAACGUGAGUACUUGCACAGCAUAAAAGAAAACCUCUUUAUCAAUUUUAACUACAGUGAACCUCAGUUUUUACCUUUAAAAGGGGGAAGAAAGGGAAGAAAAGUAAGUAGCUUUUAUUAGAUAGAAGUUUGCUGCAAGUGUACAACAUAUGCGUGCUGCAGAGAGCACCAGAAGUUGAAUGCACUUACUGGCACUUCUGGUGAGGGUAAAUCACCAUUUUUGCUCUUACUGGCAAUGCAAGGGAUCACCUGUGCUUGUGCAGUGAGAGAAAAUUCAGAAACACAGGAAGGGAAGAAGUGUGCUGUGUGAGUAACAAGGCUGCUCUCUCUGGAGAGACACCCAUUUACAGACACACAAUACUGUGCUGUGAUCUGCCACUGGGGCGAGGCUGGUGCAGCUGUGGCAUUUUGUGUCACACUGCUAGGGGAUGGCUUUUCUGGGGCUGCAGGGUCUUAGUUACACCUGGCCUUCCAUGUCCUUCUGCAGGUCCUUUCAGAGGGCACUACAGCAAAGCACAGAAGUUGAGGUCAAAAUGCCGUGGUUUAAAGAAAAAGCCUCCCUCCUUCCCCUCGUGCAGGCUGGAGGAGACAUUCUUGUAGCAGGGCAAAUGUUGAGUAAUGAUACUGAAACAAAGAGCUGCUGUAUGUUUCUAUCAGCAGAGGAAAGGCAAGUUUGGAUUGUUGAUUUUCAAGAGCCCUUUUAGCUGUUUAAAUCAGUGAACAAAACCUGGCUUUGUUUUGUAUGCUUGCUAAGAGUUGGGUGCCGGGUUUUUUUUGCUGUUUUUAUGACUACUUUUGCUUCUCCAGCACAGUAAAUACAGCUGUCUUUAAGAACAUUGCCAAAAAGCAAGUUCUUAAAAUUCCUGAGACUAUUAGAAUUACAGAAGGGUUCUUUAAAUGUUUUAUUUGCUAGAACAUUAAAGCCAUCACAUUUUCAGGUUUUGCUUCCAACCAUAAGGACUUGAAACAUAAUUUGCACAAGUAAAAAGCCCCAAAUUUUUCUGUAUUAACAUGAGACAUUUUGCCAUAAACGGUAGUGACUAUAAAGGUAUAGAGCACUAUAAUUUUCUGCUAUUGGUGUGUAUAUGGAAGACCAGCUGACCUUUAGAUUAUUUAAGCUGGUGUUUUUUCUUUAAAAAUAAACCUGGAGAUCAACAAUCCCAAGGCUCUUCCUAUCUCAACAAAAACAGUUUCACUGGACAAAGGACAAAGCAGAAAUUAUUGAAGGAUACUAACAUCAUGUACUCUAGUAUUCUUUGAUCAUUUGAGACUAAAUUUGUGAAAUUUAUUUUUCAUAAUAAUCUGACUGAAAAGCAGUUUUUAAUACUUCUGUGUGAUUUCUACUUCACUAUUUAUUCAAUAUCUGAGCACUUUACCAUGCACCUUAAAAUAUUUUUACAAGGCUGUCUAAAGCUGAUUUCUUUCAACUUUUGAAUUUGGAAAGCUUCUAUAAACAUGGAAUCAGAGAAUAUAAUUUAAGUACUAAAAGGCAUACAAGAAAAAGCAUUGAGAACAUUCCUACAGGACUUUGUACUACCUCAGUGUUUACUUAAUUAUUUUGAUAGUACAGUAUUUUUCAAGUAACAUUUGUGCCAUUUGCAUUACAGCAGCAUUAAUGAGUCUUCUCUUUGUCGUGGACAUACUAGCUUGUGUUUAAAUGAAUAAAAACCAACCCCCUUGAAUUUCAGUAGAUGAAAUGAGAAAGUGGCUGUGGUGAAGAAGGUAAAGAAAGAAAGAAUUGAUUUUAUUUGUUUAUUUUCAAUGGGAUGAGGUGCUAACAUGGCCUUUUAACUUAUCUAAGUAGGCACUUCCAGCAUGUUUUUUAUAUCACAGAAUCUUGAUCACUCUUGAUUAACUGCUAAGAGUGAUAAUGAAGCAUUUUAUGAUAGAUGGAUAGCAUUAACUUUCAUGGUGACUGGAACUAGAUGCACUGCCAAGUGGUGUGACAAUGGCUUACUUUAAAUCUUUGUGAAAUUAUAAAUCAUUACAGCAGAGAUCAUGUUAAAAAAGAAGUGUUCAGCAAGUUAUUCCAAUUCCAGAAUAAUUAGGUUUUCUUUAAAGGAGACAUUUUCAAGCACAUUAAAUGCAGGGUUUUUUAUCUUUUCUUUUUUCCCAAACAUGGUUAACUAAUGUAAGUUUUCCAAAGAUCCUGACUGCAUUAAGUUAACUUCACUUUUUAGUCUUCCAGCUGUGUAUGCAGAUCUUUAUUUUGUCCUUACACUGAAUUAAACUUACACAAAAGAUAAAUAGAUUCAACCUGCUUUAAAAUACUGCCUCCUUAAGAUGUGUUUCCAUUUCUGGAAGAGCACUAAGUGCAGUGGGAAUUCCAUGUUUGUGUUUGAAUGAGGCCAAACAGCUGUAUUUGCUUUGCCAAGUGAGGGGACUUUUAUAUAAAAGAGGACUGGCCUGGAAGGGAAGCCUUGUCCUGCCAUAAAUUCCUUUACUGCCCCUCAACAAGUCCCUUAAAAGGAGAAUUGCAGGUAGUUGUCUCUGCAAUGAGAAGAUAAAACCAGUUUUGUGGAAGAUGAGCCCAAGAGCUUUUGGCUACUUGUAACUACCAUGAAAUGGGCAGAUAUAAUUCCAAGUAUACAGAAACCCAUGAAAUGAAAGAUGAAGAGUCUGACACAGUUCCAGAGUACAGUCACAAAAUAGGGUUAAAAUGUGCAUUGGAAUAACCUUCCCAAACCAGUGCAGACACUAGACAAAACUUGGUGUGCUAAAACUGCAGCAUGCCCACAAGCAGCCCUCUCUACAGCCUUACCAAACCCACACACAGCUCUUUAACAAAAAAGAUGUCUCUAUAUCAUCAGAGAAAAGAGAAAUGCCAUCUCUCACCUGUUAGUCCUGGAUCUGUCUGUACUGAGCCUCCAGUACAUCAAAGCUUGGCUGGUACUGAAGAGCACAAGAUGGUCCUGUUGUGCUGAGUUAUGACUUAUGUUACAGAUUUUAUUUAUUUAUCUGCAGAAGGUCACUUGUGAGAAACUGACUUAAGGAAUAAAGUAACUUUCAAUAAUGCAAAAAUCAAAUGUAGAAGCUAUAAGGAAGGAAUAAAUGUUAUUACAGGUAAGUUAGAUUUUCUUUUUUUUAGGAAGGAUUAUAAGAAGAGACACAUUUCACAGCUUAGAUGUAGACAAGAAGUUCCUGUGUAAUAUCUGCAUAAAAUUUAUAAUUAAAUCUCUUAGAGUGAGGUUACAGUGAAACUGUAGAUAAACUGUAAAUAAUUAAAAACUGUGAUGCAGCAGAUAAAUUUUGAAAAGCUACCUAUCUGAUGGGUAUGCACAACAGAGAUUCUGGAAUUUCAGUUCCAUCUACUCCAAAACAUUCAGCUUAAAAGUGUGAUAGGUAGUUAACUAGGAUAAUAGUGGUGCUUGCAGGGCUAAGAAAGCCAAUGUCUACCAACAUGUUUAUUUUUCUUUCACCACUCUUGUAGAUGACAAUGAGUUACUGGCCUUUUAAAAUCAGGUUUUACCAAUAUUCACAUGUGGGACACUGUAUAUGCAUAUAAAGAAAAAUAAAAAUAUGGGAAUGCACUUCACUCUUCCCUUGGAGAUUAUUUUUCAAAGGCCCCAGAAGGGAAUAAUCCAGUCAGUACUAAGGAAGUGUACAGUCAGAGAACAGAAAUUAGGCAGAGGAAAUUGUAAAAAGCAAUAGUGAACAAUCACCUAGGUGUAAACUUUUAAAGCUACUUAAGUGUCCUCCUGCUCUUACUGACCUUUAACACCUUUCUGAUUCUGACACUUGGGCCAACAGGUCACUUGACGUCAGCUUUAGAUUCUGACACCUUACAAUGUUAAACAAUAACUUCCUGUAAAAUGCGCUCAGCAUGGAGGUGGUUCUCACGGCAAGGCUGUGGCAUUAGAAUAAAGCUGGAAGCAAAAGCCUUAGU